AUGGGAGUAACAGUUGCCGGAAAUGGAACGAAGGGAGAAUCAAAUGUUCAGCUCAACCACCCAUGGGGAAUAUUUAUUGAUACCAAAAAUGACGAUCUAUACGUAACAGACAGUUACAAUCAUCGUGUACAAAAGUUUACAUCUAGUUCAAAUAUCGGCACAAAAGUUGCCGGCGGACACGGUUAUGGAAGUGAUUCUACUCAACUGAGCUACCCGUAUGAUGUUUUCGUCGCUUCCAACGGCGAUCUAUUUAUUACUGAUUAUCAGAAUAAGCGAAUACAGAAAUGGUCUCCUAACACUGACCAAGGACUCACAGUUGUUAAAUUCAAUGA